AGAAAUUGCCGUCCUGGCGCGCUGACCCGAAGGCCCAGUUCUCUUUCCACCAGAUAGGGGCCGGGAAACAACAGUCCUUUAUCCACUCCACGGACGUCAUUAUGUCUUCUGUGCGCUACACUCGAAUACAAACAGUGAAGCGAGGAGUCCAUCAGAAAAACGCUGGUUAAAUAUCCUGACGGGCGGCGCUGGUGAAAGCCGGAAGAGAUGCCUUGACCACUCUCCAAUAAGCCGACCCCUCUCCCCCGAGGCCUCCCUCAGCCUUCUGAGCCGGCCGUACCCCGCUCACACUUGGGAUCUGAGUGCUGGGGUGUAGCGAAGCGCCAGCCAAGGGACGCUAAUACCCAGCGCCAGUCGCGACCUCAGCGACCGCGGGUCGACCCCGGGCCGGAAGUGACGCAACCGUACUGAGCACUUCCGGAGCUGCGGAGACGGCUCCGCGGGAGGAAGGAGCGCGGGCCUUGACCGGCGUCGGCCCGUCGCCUCCGCUGUCGCUUCUGCUACAGUGUCCGAUCCGUCUGGCCCGGCCAGACCUGGUCUGGCCUGCCCGGGCUCAGCGGCCGCGGGCUGCGGCUCCCGAUGGAAGUUAUAUGACAUAGAAUAUUUGGGGUGACAUCUUGAAAGAUCUUCAAGAAUUACAGAAGACAAAAAACACUAAUGCAUUUGAGAAAGUGGUAAAGUUUGGGGGGAGGGGAAAAAAACUGCUUUCCUGAUCUGCAACUUGGCUGGAUGCUAAGAUGUCUGUGGACAUGAAUAGCCAGGGGUCUGACAGCAAUGAAGAGGACUAUGACCCAAAUUGUGAGGAAGAAGAAGAGGAUGAAGACCCUGGGGACAUAGAGGACUAUUACGUGGGAGUAGCCAGCGAUGUUGAGCAGCAGGGAGCCGAUGCCUUUGAUCCUGAGGAGUACCAGUUCACCUGCUUGACCUACAAGGAGUCCGAGGGUGCCCUCAAUGAGCACAUGACCAGCUUAGCCUCUGUCCUAAAGGUAUCUCAUUCAGUUGCUAAACUUAUAUUAGUUAAUUUCCACUGGCAAGUUGCAGAGAUUCUGGACAGAUACAAGUCUAAUUCUGCUCAGCUGCUUGUUGAGGCUCGAGUUCAGCCCAGUCCCUCGAAACAUGUUCCCACAGCCCACCCUCCUCACCACUGCGCAGUGUGUAUGCAGUUUGUGCGGAAGGAAAACCUACUUUCUCUGGCCUGUCAGCACCAGUUUUGCCGUAGCUGCUGGGAGCAGCACUGCUCAGUACUUGUCAAGGACGGUGUGGGUGUAGGAGUCUCUUGCAUGGCUCAGGACUGCCCACUGCGAACACCAGAGGACUUCGUGUUUCCAUUGCUGCCCAAUGAAGAAUUGAGAGACAAAUACAGGCGCUACCUCUUUAGGGACUAUGUGGAGAGUCAUUACCAGCUCCAGCUGUGCCCUGGUGCAGACUGCCCCAUGGUUAUUCGGGUACAGGAGCCUAGAGCUCGCCGAGUACAGUGCAAUCGGUGCAACGAGGUCUUCUGUUUCAAGUGUCGUCAGAUGUAUCACGCCCCCACAGACUGCGCCACAAUCCGGAAAUGGCUCACGAAGUGUGCAGAUGACUCUGAAACAGCCAACUACAUUAGUGCUCACACUAAAGACUGUCCAAAGUGUAACAUCUGCAUUGAGAAGAACGGAGGCUGCAAUCACAUGCAAUGCUCCAAGUGUAAACACGACUUCUGCUGGAUGUGUCUAGGAGAUUGGAAGACCCAUGGCAGCGAGUACUAUGAGUGCAGUCGGUACAAGGAGAACCCCGACAUUGUCAACCAGAGCCAGCAAGCCCAGGCCAGGGAGGCCCUCAAGAAGUACUUGUUUUACUUUGAGAGGUGGGAAAACCACAACAAGAGCUUGCAGCUGGAGGCACAGACGUACCAGCGGAUUCAUGAAAAGAUUCAGGAGAGGGUCAUGAAUAAUCUGGGGACAUGGAUCGAUUGGCAGUACCUACAGAAUGCUGCCAAGCUCUUGGCUAAGUGCCGAUACACCCUGCAGUACACUUACCCAUACGCGUACUACAUGGAGUCUGGACCCAGGAAGAAAUUGUUUGAAUACCAGCAGGCUCAGCUGGAGGCUGAGAUCGAAAACCUGUCAUGGAAAGUGGAGCGCGCAGACAGCUAUGACAGAGGGGACUUAGAGAACCAGAUGCACAUAGCAGAGCAGCGGAGGAGAACCCUGCUGAAGGAUUUCCAUGACACCUAGGUGGGACAUGGGCGUGCUGGAGUGAGGAAGAUGUGGCUGCGAGGCCUCCUGGCUGCCGUACUGCAUGCUGCAGGCUCUGCCUUUCACGACCCCAGGCAACAGCCAGGGCCCCACUCCUGAGAGACACUGGCCGCACACCUCUUAGUCCACUUCUGUUUUCUUCUCAUCUUUUUGCUUUCUGUUUUUACCAGGGUAGAGGCCAUGUUGAAUUGGCCUCUUUUCAGGACUUUUAAUUCCCCCUGGAUGGUUGUUGGGAGGGAGGGAAAGUUUUUUCUGAAUGACUAUUAAUAGUAUUAGAUCAUUACAACUUAUGUAAUUUUCAAAAGUUGUAUAAUUAUACAAAAAAAAAAAAAAGCAAACCAUAGAAUUACACAGAACCCUUUUUAAAAAUAAAUUGGCAAUGGAGUGUUUUACCCUCUAGCUAUUUUACUUAGAAUAUAACAUUUGCUGCCUGCCCCCACUGCCUCAGAAUGUCUACUGUAAGAGGGCCCCAGGGGUCUCUGUUUUUGGAUUCUCAUGUGUCUGGCCACAGCUGGUGUCCCAAGGGACGAACGUGGGUGGCAGAUGGUGGGGAAUGGAGUUGGCCUGUGUAAUGGGCACGGAACGCAGAGAAUCACAUCAUGCCUUCUGCCUGGUCCUUAGAGGCCUUUUAGUGGUUGGAUGCACCUGCCUCACCUUGCAGUGAGGAGAUAAUACAGAAAAGGGCCUUGUCACAGGGUGUCAUUGUCUGAUGGCACUAUGUGUCUGUGAGCUCAUCUUUCUUCCAGGUUUACCUGGGUCUGGCUACUGAGACCAGCCCACAGCAAAGCAUAGGUGAGCUUGUGGCCCUCCAGACCAGGGGAUGUGAGUUCAGCACAGUUGUUUCAUUUUGUCUCCUAAAGAUAGAGAUCUACUUUUAAAGGGAAUUAUUCCCCCAAAUAAAUUUGUUUUACCUUGGUCCCUUCUUUUGUGCCAGUAUUCUGGUGGUGUAACUAACCAGGUUCACAGAUGGCCAUUCAUAACCUGACACUGUCCUGCUACACUGUUCUCUGGUGAACUUCAGGGUCAGAGUUCAGCAUGGCCCUCCCAAGGGCACUGGUAUUCCUGCCUCAGGGGCCUUGUUUGCACACGUGGUUUUUAUGUUAUCUGGAGUGUGUUCUGUGGCUGCUCUGGAGGGUUGGGUGCUCUCCCACUUGCAUGGGUUUAGCUGUUGGAGGACACCAUCUCUGGGGUCUGGGAGUCUUGAGGCCAGGAGAGUCCUUGGUUUGUAGUCUCAGCUAUGAUGCUAGAAGGGCUGGUCAGGGGAGAAGGCCAGCUUUUGCACAGUAGAGUACAAAGGAACAGGUGGUUUGUGUGGUGUCCUGCCUGUCCUGAGCCUGGUCCUAUGGGCCUUUUAAAAGUUACUUUUGUGAUUCCUGGGGUUUCUGUGACUUUGUUCACUGCCUCCCCUCUGAGGCUGUCCAUACUCGACAGGACCUCCUUAACCUCCUAGAAGAGUUGCUUGGGAGAUCUGUGAAUAUUAUUUUGGAAGUUCUUUGAUAUUCAAACAUUUUCACCUUGGUCAGCAAUUUCCCAGGUAUCAUGUUAGCUGUAAACUGAAUCACUCUUGAAGAUAGAAGACAGCUGUGACUCUUGGGAUCAUGGGGUACACAGCUGACUACAGGCUCCCUCUCUUCCUGUCAGGUCCUGUCUCUUUCUGUCACCUAUGAGGGAGGAACUGUGGGGUAGAGUGGGAAAACAGGCUAGGAGGGCAGCAAAUGAGCCCAGAAUUGGAACAGUGGGGAGCUCACUGAAGGAGGAACAUGCCUGCUUGCAGGACCUCGGGGUGGGUGUCAAUGCUGCAUUGACACGUGGAAGAUCCUGGCGUCUGGAGCCUUUACCUCUCUUACCAAGUCCUUUCCGUGUCACCACCAUGGCACAGGACCUGUGUUGCAGCUCUGCGCCUUAAGUCACACCCUGGGCAUCCCUGGGCAUUGUUUGGACUGCACGGCUGCCACGUAGUGCACUUGUACCCAGCUGUGGCCCUCAACCACUAGAGCUGUAGGAGGUUCUGUGCCCAGACAGUAGCCUGCAGCCCUUGACCUGUGGAGAGCUUCCUUUUGUGUCCCCAGUAGCUGUCCUUUGCUAACAUCAUCAGGAAGAUGAGAAAGAUCAGACAGAAUUUUUCUGCCCUACAAAGGAUGGAAGAUAAAGGAAGGCACAGUGUUUUCAUGAAUUUACCAUAUAUCUUUGUUUUCUUCAAAGAAAAAAUUGAGGCAAUGUCAUCUGCUCAAUGUUGAGUGGUUUAUUCAAAAUAAACUGAAAGUUUCUGAUUAUAAAA